UUGUUUCCUUUAUAUCAUCACACAACAGAGAGACCAAAAAGGUUGGUUAGUCAUACCAAUUCCAUGGCCUCUCUUCCUCCACUCAUCUUCUUCUUCUCCACCGUCUUCUUCGCCCUCCACUCUAUCUCAGCGACCAGAUCUCGUUUCAAACCACCCCAUUUCUCACCUCUCCUCUUCUCCUCUCCAUCUCAAAACGUCACAUCACAACCACCUACUCGCUACUUCGAGAUCAAAAAGCCUCCCCUCCUCCCCACUUCUCCUCCACCGUGCUCACACCACAUCCUCCACCAUGAGUUCGGUUUCACCUACGGAAAACCACCGGUUCUCGCAAACUACACACUCCCCUCUCACUGCCCUUCUCAAGAAUUCUCCAAGAUCGUCCUCGAAUUCAAAUCAACCUGCAAAGGAAGACAGUUCGAUCGUAUCUUCGGCGUUUGGCUCGACGGCGUCGAGCUUCUCCGUAGCUGCACCGCCGAGCCUAGAUCAAACGGUAUCGUUUGGUCUGUCCACAAAGAUGUGACUAGGUAUCACUCUAUACUCGUCAAGAACAAGACUCAGACUCUUUCUGUUUACCUCGGUAACCUAAUAGAUAAAACAUACACUGGCGUCUACCACGUGGACGUGAUCUUCCAUUACUACCCUUCUCUCCAAAGCAGAGAUUCUUCUACUGGUUACAGCUCUCUUCAAGCUGAUACCAUCCUCCCUGUUUCGAGAAACCUUCCUUUAGACGAAGGACUAUGGUUUGAAAUCACGGGUUCGAAUGAUUCUAAGUAUAAGGAAAUAGUGAUCCCUAGGAAUGUGUAUAGAGCUGUUCUUGAGGUUUACGUUUCUUUCCAUGAGAGAGAUGAGUUUUGGUAUGGUAAUCUUUACAAUGACUUUAUUUCCGCUAACAAUAUCAGUUCUGCUUCUGGUAAUGGACCUUUUAGAGAAGUUGUGGUCACUCUUGACGGCGAAGUUGCUGGUGCGGUUUGGCCUUUUCCCGUUGUGUUCACCGGUGGGAUCAAUCCUUUACUUUGGAGACCGGUGACAGCUAUUGGCUCUUUUGAUUUGCCGAGUUAUGAUAUCGAGAUGACGCCGUUCUUGGGGAGUUUGUUAGAUGGGGAGGCUCAUGAGUUGAGGUUUAGUGUGACUAAUGCUUUGAAUGUUUGGUACGUUGAUGCGAAUUUUCAUCUUUGGUUGGAUGAGGAGAAGGAGGUCGUUGAAGGGAAGGUGUCGGAGAUUGGAAAAAGCUCUCUUGAGAUUAGGUCUGUCUCUGACUUUAAGGGUUUGAAUGGUAACUUCACAACCAAGGCGAAAAGAUCGGUACAUUCGAUAGGGUUGGUGAAGUCCUCUCAUGGUGACAUUAUAACCAAUGCUAGUCAGGAGUUUACAUAUGGAAACACAAUGGUUUUAGGUAAAGAUGGGAACUUACAGAUCAUAGAUCAGUUGAUCCAAGGUGAUGACCGUGUCCACGCCAAGAAAGAGUCCAAAGAAAUCUAUGCAGCGAGAUCCAUCAGGAGUUUUCCUUUUAACCUAUACUCUGACUCUUUGGAGGGACAGAAUCAUACGUCUAAGGAGGUUGCGAAUGUAACGAUGGGAUUCAAUGAGGAGAGAUCUUGGAGUGACGAUGGAUUGAUGAGAAUAUUCAAGAGCAAGGUGGAGAAUAAGCAAGAAGCGCAAGGGGUUAUGGUUGUUAAGAAUAACUUAGUGGUCAGUGGAUAUGGGGGCACACAACAAGUGUAUAACUAUGUUGGUAGUGACCAGUGUUACUUCAGGAACAUUAGUAGCUUCAACUACACCAUUCUAUAUGAUAAGGUUGAAACUGUUUGCAAGAAGAAAACACUGAAGCUGUCGCCAGGGUUCGAGCAUCUGAUUACAUAACACUUGUUGGCUUGAUAUAUGACAAGAGACAGAGGCCUUUGCUCUUGCUUUCAGUGACAAUGAAGAAGGCAACAUCACAAAUAAGUUUUCAAGCAAUUUCAUAAUAAGUAAGCUUUCUUUACUUCUUACGGUAUUUGGGCUAUAUUUGACUUGUGGCAUCUUUAGCCCAUUAUUACACAUUGUAGAAUGCCAGUAGCACAAGGACCCGACUUUAUAAAUUUUGGGAUUUUGGAAUUUUUAUCUAAGCGUUUUACCAUAUAAAAUAUAUUAAAUUGGGUGUCGC